UCCCUCUUCUAGUACGCACUGGGUGACUGUAUGUGCCACGAACCCCCCCAGAAUAAAUUUCUACGUACGCCACUGUUUUCCACGAUUUCAAGAUUUACUAUUUAUGGAAGUUUUCUUCUAAACAAAUUAUGAAAAUGAGUUGAGCUCACAAGUGAGGAUAUCGUCCAGACAUUCCAAGGCUCCAAAAACCUGAAGAUGCAAAAAAAUUGAAAUAUUCGGAAGUAUCAGAAGCACGCUCAAAAACCAUGAAGCCUCAGAAGAGUGUGGUAAAAUUCUGAUACUUUUACUAUAAGGACAUUGAAGACUUAGGGGCUUGGCGAUUAAGAGCCAAAGAUUAUGGAGGCCAUAGGUCCAAGCCACGAAGGUACUUAGAAAUUUGAACAGGCAGAAAUUGUGUAGGAUUUCAAGAUUGACCAUUGAGGAUUCUAAAGACGAAGCGUUGGGUGUGAUCUGACAACUAAGAACUUAAUGGUUCCGAAGACUGAAGAACACGAAAUCUUUGAAGAACGCCAAAUACGAUGAAGACUCAGAAGAGUUUGGCUAUUCUGAGGCAUCUGGCACGGAUUGUACGCUUUAUAUCCCAAAGACUCCAGAUGGGUUCAAAGACUACCGACUGAACUGGACCUCGAGACCUGGAGAUUUUGUGAAUUUUUAAAAUCCGUAAGACCUUGGCAGUAGUAUGGCAUGAACAGGUAAAAGUCAAUGCAUGUUACGAACACUCUAGAGACGCUUAAGGGUUCGAAGACAGAUUAAUAUGGAGACUCAUGAAAGAGCAGGUAUGCGCUUAUGAUCUGAAACCUGAACAUUUAGGAGAUUCUGAAGGUGCUGAAAACCCAGUGACACAGAAUUACCUGAAAACUGUAGAAGGUCGAAUUAUCGUAGUCUCAGAAGGCCAUGAGGCUUUUUCUUAAGAGCACGAACGUGCAGAAGAUUACUCUCAGUUUUUGAACACUAUAGGUAAUCACCAUGAAUGAGUUUAACUUCUGAAAUUAUAUUGAAAACUGUCAUACUCCCAACACUCGUGAGUUACAGAUGAAGACUUUAAAGAGUCUGAACAUUGACGAUUGAGAAUCGCCAUGGAAGCGCAUGAGCACUCUGAACAUCUGGAGACCCUGAUAUACAUCUCGAAAAUCAUUAAGAACCUUGCAAGAAACUGAAGACUCUGAAGAUGUAGAGGUUACGGGCGGUUCGAGUACUUUAGAGAGAUGUGGAAUUCUAAAAGACUGAUGCAGGCUGUAAGUUCUCAUAAGAUUGACUCUUGAGGAAACCAUGGAAGUGCUUGGGUGCUCUGACCACGUAAGGUCCUUGGGGAUUUUAAGAACCUGGAGAAACUUAAGGCCCCCUUCGAACACUAAACAGUCUGAAGUUUCGAAAGGCUUCAAUGAUUGAAUUACAAAACUAUUUCUAAAAGAAAAGACCAUGGAAGCGUUUGUAAGCCCUGGGGACCCUGGAGAUCUUGAGAAUCCUUAAGAACUUGGAGACCUUCAAGACGCAGAACAUGAAGCAGAUUAUGGGAUCCAAGGCUCAGGAUACUGAAAUAGUUCUGAAGGCCCUUCAGGUUGAAGACUUUUAGGGUUCUAGAUUUAGGAUUUAAGUGUCAAGAUUCUGGUUCAGAGUUUAGACCUCGUCCAGAAGGAUCAUCGCGGAUCAUUUCGCGCGAAUUAAUAUGCGUGUUGUCGAGAUAUAAGGCGCCAAUACAUCGCGUCCACAAGCAUCGCGCGAGUUGAAAAUACGCGCUUAACUCGCAUGCACCUCGCCCCAGACUCUCACUAGGGGAGAGGCACCCAGUAUACGCGCGAAAUGCAGAGCGAGUGCUUUUCAUUCAACUCCAUAUUUUCUGACAGUUUAUUCACAUUCCCAAAUGUUCGCGCGUUUUGCGCUCCUUCUGGAGGCAACGUGUGCUUGUAGAGAAUCGCGGCAAAUUCGCUACUUCUGGACAAGAUCUGAGGAUGUAGGGUUCAUUUAGGGUUUUCAUGCGCCAGAUCACGAUUCAUAUUUCAAGUUUUAGAGGUUUCACACUUUAAUUUCAGGAACUAGAUUUCGUAGCUCUGACUCCAAAGGAAUCAAAAACUGGAUACACGGGGAGGGGGGGGGGUCUUUAUGGAAUAUUAAAAUGUGUGGGGGUCUUCUAACCUUAAGCACACCGAAGAUGUUGCAGACUGUAAACGGUCUGGAGGUCCUAACAAAUUUUGAAGACUGAAAAUCCAAGUAACAUUCCUGAUGAAGACUGAAGAAUAAUCCAAAUAUAGAGGGAGCUGUGGCAGAACAUUAAGUGACUUAGCACCAGAUUGGACCCUUAUUUACAUUUGCCUCAAAAUUGUUGAUAUAAAGUUCCAAAAAAGUCUAUGCCCUUGGAGAAAUGUUUUCACUUCUCAUUGAUAUAUUGGUAGGAAAUGUGUCAGCACUUACUGUCUGUCUUUCGCCAUAAUUGAACUCCAUGUAAAUUACCAAACGUUAAGCUUGGUCGCAUUGUGAUAACCGUAGAUUUGCCAAAUCUUUUUUACAUUUAUACCUAGUACUCUUAACGGACGAAUAAAUUAUACUUGUUGCCAAAAGUGUAUAUCUAUAACGAAAGUGAAUAGAAAGGGACAUAUCUAGUCUAACAAAAUAUAGUGAGAUGACAUAUAUACAUACUGUACAUAUUUGUUUAAAGAGCGAAUUUAUUUUCUUAUUUUGUUAGAGGUAGACAUUGUAAUGUUAAAACUUUUAGAUGUUAAACUACAGGCAUUUUUGUUUCAGUGCAAUUCCGUGGCAGGCUGUAUCGCUUUGUUUAAAAUUAACUAAUCGAAAUGAAUCCAUGCACAAAUGAGUUACCAGUGUUCCUAUAUAGAUUAGUAUUUUUUAAAGCGUUAUACAAGUACCUACUGUAGAAAUGGAUAUGAUAUUUGAAUUGUGAUAAUGAUAAAUAACUCCCUAAUUGGUAAAUGUAGCUUUAGUGUAGUGUUAUCAUUGAUUAUACAGAUAUCGAUGGGUGUAAUCAAUAGAUAUGUGGAAUAUACAGUCGAGUUUUGAUUGAUUUUUCAGCGCCACUAUAAUGAUAUGCCAACAGCACUUGCAAGUUUUAUUUUCUAUAAUCAUCACUAGUAACAAUGCAUAGGAAUCCUGGAGUGUCUUACAAGCUGAAAACGCCAGCGAUUAUUACUCAAAUACUAUCAGUAGUGAGCAGAUACUAGUCCGAGUUCAGGUUGAGUGAAGAAUGAAAGAAAGUCAAGGAAACGAAAGAAUCUAAGAAUAAUUUUGCAUGUAAAUCGAUGCAUUGCGAAAAUAUGAUUAAGGCACAGAUAUGCGUACUUGUUUGUGUAUGUCUGUGAUUAAGGCAACCACCAUCACUCGAAAGUGUAUAUAGCGGAGAGCCGGUACUAUAACCACCGUUUUUCCAGAAUAACCGCAUAGAGGUCGCUGUAGUCGAUAUUCAAAAAUUGAAAUAAUUCGAAAGUUUAAUGUAAAAUUUUAAGAAAGUGACCAAACCUGGUACUUGUAGAAGUAAUGCGAGAUGAAUCUGAACGAGAACUUGCCGGCACGUGGAAGAAACAAUGGACGAGGACGUUCGAUUAAAGUUGUAGCCGUACAGGCGCCGCUCGGGCCUCCUCUAAAACCGGCCCCUAGAAGAAAAUCAACUCCCUGUCGUUCGGAUAGUUCUAGAAUAAAAUGGAGGAAUACGACGAGCUCAGCUGGAAAUUCCGCACUCCAUACCGGCGGUUCGACCUCUACGCGAGUCAGCAGUAACGAAUCGAGAAUCAUAAUGGCCCUUUCGGAAGGUCGAGGGGAUGCAAUGUGCGAAGUCGGUAUCGCCGCCAUAAAUGUCGACUGCCCAUCUUUAGUUCUUUGCCAAAUAUCUGAUUCACAGAGCUACGUUAACACAUUGACCAAGAUUAACGUGCUGAAUCCCACCGAGAUCUUGAUCCCGUCGACUUUCGUCGAGUCUUUUACGACGAAUCGCCUUUUGCAGAAGGUGAAGGAGCACUUUACUCACAUAAAAAUUACCGGGGUACAUCGCAAAAGUUUUAACAAAAACACAGGUCUGCAGUACAUUCGUCAGUUAUGCAUUCCGAAUAUGAAUUCGGUUCUGCUCGUCGUGCAGCAUAGGUAUUACGCCCUAGCAGCAGCCGGAGGUCUUUUGACCUAUGCUGAGGUCACUUUGUAUGUCAUGUACGCCAAGGAGUCUGUUAAGAUCGAGUACCAAGAGUCGGAAGGCUGUGCUAUUAUCGAUGUGGUCACCGCAGAUAAGCUCGAGUUGGUAGCUAGUACCCGACCGUCAGUGUCGAAGAAGUACUCGUGCUUACUGGAUAUCUUGAACUAUACUCAGACGAAAGUAGGCGCCCUAGCGCUGCGUGCCUCGAUCCUGCAGCCGCCGUGUAAGGUGAUCGACAUUGAGGCUCGCCUCAAUUGCGUAACCGAGCUGAUCGGGCACGGAGAAAUGCUUACAGCUCUACAAGUCUCGCUGCAGAAGGUUAAAUGUGUCGAUCAGUUACUAUCCCUUGCUAACGUAUUACCGGACCAAUCCAACAAUUACUCCGAGCGCCAAUUAAAUUAUCUUCUCUUACUGAAUUCGAUCUUGGAGGAAAUACCUCGCCUAAAAGAGAUCUUCGUAAACACCAAGCAGCCAUUUUUCGUCGACCUCUGCAACCUGCUAAAGGAUCCGACUUUUGCGCAAAUCAAGCAGUUGAUACGCACGGUCAUCAACACGGACGCGCACCCGGCAAAAGGAAAGUACGGGAUCAUGCAACGAUGCUUCGCUAUCAAGUCGGGCCUAAACAAUUUGCUCGACCUAAUUCGAACGUCUUACUCUGAGAGACUCGACGAGCUGAGAGAUUAUGUCACCGGCUUGAAGGAGAAGUACGGUUUAUCCCUAUCACUGAAUAAUAAUACGAAGAAGGGUUACCAUAUUAUAUUGCAGUUGAAUGCGCAUCAACAAAAAAGCUUGCACAAGUCGGAUCUCCCUGGUGAGUUCAUUCAGGUGGAGCGUCAGGCGCGUAGUUACACAUUAAAAACCGACCGCUUAAUCAGUUUAUCUAACCGAAUCGAAGACAUUAAUUUGGAAAUUUUGAAAAUGAGCAACAUGAUGAUUGGUAAACUUUUGAUUUCGGUGCGUAAGCACGUCGGAUUAUUUUACACCCUUUGCGAGAAUCUAGCAAAAGUGGAUAUGCUGCAAUCGCUCGCGCAAGCCAGUACUGCCAUGCAGUACGUAAGGCCGAAUUUCGACGACUACCUCGAGAUAUUAUAUGGACAGCAUCCAUUGCUGAAUUUUUUACUUCCCAUUGAGCCUGUUGCCAAUUCCAUAACGGCUUCGAACGAUUAUAAUAUGCACAUAAUAACCGGACCGAAUGGCUCGGGCAAAAGCAUAUUGAUCCGUCAGAUUGUCUUACUGCAGAUUAUGGCACAGGUCGGCUGUUACGUGCCUGCGAAAUCGGCUACAUUUCGAGCUGCCGAUCGAAUUUUGGCACGAAUUUACUUUGACGACAAUAUGGCGUGCGGUGCUUCGACAUUUGUUCUCGAGAUGAAAGAAAUUCAAUACUUUCUCACUGUGAUGACCAAAAAUUCGUUGGUGAUAGCGGACGAACUUUGCCGUUCCACCGCUUUAGGGGAGGGCACCGCGCUUGCAAUGGCCAUAUGCGAGCAGCUAUCGAAGACUCCCGCAUUUGUGUUCUUUACCACCCACUUUAAGUUGCUUGCGAAGCUGCGCGAUUUAUAUAUGAAUGUGAAAGUGUGGCAAUUGGAAACUCUGACUGAAAUGGUCAAUGGCCAGAUGAGUCUGAUUUUUACAUACAAUCUAAUCCAAAACCCAACGUCGCUUGAGAAUUACGGUAUGUUUCUUGCAAAGGCCGCUUGGCCUGAGAACGCAAUCAAGUACGCCGAAGAAAUAUUAAAACGCUUGUCGCAGCAGGCCCCUCAAUCUCCAAGGGUUUCUUCUUCAAUACAGGCCGUGCAUCCCGCCAGACGUCUCAAAUACGACUUGGAAGCGAAUUUAAAGUUGUUGCAGAAGAAAGGAGAGUUAAAGGAACAAAUCGACGGGCGCCUCUCGGCCUUUGGUGAUGAUCUGGAGAAAAUAAACUGCCGCUUGGAUUUUGUAGAGCCAGAACAGCCGGUGUUAGAAGACGUCGAUGGUAUCGAGCCGGAUUUGUCGCGAGAUAUAAGUUUAAUGAUUCAAAUGGAAACGUGCAAUCAGUCUCCGGGUCCGUUUCCGAGCUUAUUUGGCGCAAAUAAAAAUUUGUCAUUUACUGAGAUGCUUGUGCCGGAUGUUGUGUUGGAAUGUGCAGAUGACGAAGUGGUAAAUUUUGGUGAUGAUAAUUUAAUGCGGCGUUCGUUGAGUUUUGCGAAUGACAGUUGCAGAUCAAUCAACGAGUUGAAUUUUACCUUGAAUCUACAGCAAAAUACGGGGAGGACAUCGACACCUUUGUUUUCAAAUCAAAUCGUUGAACCGAUGGCCCACGAGGCAAGUUAUCAUUCGGUUUUGUCUGCCGAGGACUACCGACAGGAGCGCGAUCUAGUUAAAGGGACUACACCUCAACCGGCCAGUAGCGAUAGCCUGCUGUGGAAAGUGAGCAGGAAACCAAAUACAAGUUUUCGUUCGCAUUGCACCCAGGAUCUCACUAACGAAUCGGAGAGUGAAGGUGAGGAUGUAUUGAUGAUUUUGCCUGAAAGCCAAAUGAGCGAACUGAUAGUUGAUCGGAAUAAGUCGCAGAUGGAGAAUAGUCUCAUUCCACACAUAGAAACCACUAGUGUUGAGCCAAGUAAGAGAAGUAGCAACACCAUAAUGUGGCAAAUAAGCGCAAAAAAUGCCGUGGUCCCCCCAUCUCAAAGUAUUGAUGAGGAAAUGGAGGAAAUUACCAAGGAGUUAGAAAGGUGUCGAGAUGCUUUUCUAAAUGCAACUCCCAUAUCGCAAAGUGUUAAACCAAGUCCGCCUAGUAAGACGUCAAACAGUUUUGAGCGGAUCGAAUCAGGUUCCAAAAAUGGGAGUAGUAGCAGUGUCAUGUGGCAAAUAGGUGCAAAAAAUGCCGUUAGUUUACAAUCUCAAAACAAAGAUAUGGACUUGGUCUUCUUAAAUGCAAGUCCGUCUUCUAAAACGGCCAAAGGAAACGCACCAAAGAGUGCUGAACGAGCUCCCUCGGUACCAAGUAAAGAGAGUAGCGAUACGAUUAUGUGGACGAUGAACAGAAAAGAUACUGUAAGUUUGACAUCGCAAAGUUCCGAUAAAGUAGUAGAAGAAAUUUCUUCGCCACAAAGUCCAAAAAAUGAUCCCAUUGAUGAUAAACCUAAGUCGGGUGUUGCAGAUGGCCUUACUUUCAAGACCCCCACCAGGAGUGGCAUAGAAAUACUUGCAAUUAAUUCUGAACAGAUGCAGUCGCCGGAAGUGAACGAAAUUACCAAGGAGUUGGAAAGUUGCAGCCAAGCCUUUUUUGAGGCGGAUGAGUGGGCGAAGGAAAAGAUUUCACAAUCGCAGGCCAGUUCGAUGAACCACUCUCACAUCGGUUGCGGAGGAUUUCAAAUCACAGUUGCAGCAGACGUGCACGGCGCCCCAAAUUUUCCAUCACUUAGUGCCAAACCGGUGGAGGCGGACAUACAACAGUCGUCAGCGCAAAACGACAGUUCUAGGGACCACUCACACGUCGGUUGCGGAGGAUUUCAAAUUAGAGUUGCAGCAGACGUCCACGCCGCCCAAAAUUUUACAUCACUUAGUGCCAAACCGAUGGAGGACAUGCAACAGUCCUCAACAGUCGCGUGGGAAUUGGACCAAGCUCAGAACGACAAUUCUAGGGACCAUUCGCAUAUCAGCGGUGGGGGAUUUCAAAUUUCCGUAACCGCUGAUGUCCACCCUGCGUCACAACCACAAUCGCCUAAUGCCAAACCGAUGGAGGCGGAUGUACAGUCAUCAGUGAAAGAAUUAACCCAAUCUCACUCGAAAAAUGACCGCUCGCCCAUUGCCUGUGGAGGAUUACAAAUCGCCGCCGCCCCAAGUUUGAAAGUAGUGGACAAUCAACAGGCUGACGAAAUCGCGAGGAAAUUGGAUCAAUCACAAGUACCAGAUUCGGAAAAUGUGAAUAAAGGUAGCUCGAUCUUUCUUCAAGAAACGCAACCAAUAAACGCCAUCCUUGAAACGAAUGACGCCCCCAAGCUAAAUACUUCAUUGGAACCUUUGGGCGACAUUCACCUCGAGUUAUUUAGUGACGUGUCUCAAGAAGCAAACGAGACCAUUUACAAGUCGUUCCGGGCCAGCCCCGAUUUGUUUUCCACGCCACAACCAUCGCCCAAGAAGAUUUGCAUCUUAGCGCCCAAGGAAACGCCACAGCUUAACCAAGCUUCCAGUCUCCCUACUAUCGCCCCCAAAAAGAAAAAAUGGAACCCCCCUUAUAAAACCCAAUCGGCCGUUUCGCCGCUUAAUAAACGCAAACCGGGAAACUUCGCGCUAGUUCAACCGAAGAAACUGACGAAGAAGGAAAUUGUGCAAAGCUUCUACGAGCAAGAUAAAGAGUUACUGGCGCGAAACGACGCGAGCUUUGCCGAGUACAUCCUGAACCGCCCGAAUGUUAAGCAGAUUCAAGAAAUGGAGUACAUCGCGAGCUUCAGACGGACCGACGAGGGCGUCUUGGUAAUGCCGUUCGCCUCGCGCGAGACAAAAAGGCGCACCAAACGGAAGUUCGUGACGCCCUUACUCCGACAGCCCUCCGCCGACUUUGACUGGCAAAUGUUCAGCGAUAAAAACGCGGGAAAGUUCGAGGAAUAUAUGAAUUUCAAGAAACCGUCGCCGUUCUUGCGAGGGGAGCAGACUCCCUUCCAACUGUGCGCCGGCGAAACCGUGCGGAGAGACGACAGCCAAUCUUCUAAGACGGGCGACGAUCUCAUGUGCAACUUUGGCCGAAACAUGCAACGUUUCAAGAGCGAUUUUUUGAAGAAGCUACAGGAGAGCGUGGCCAACAACUCCCAACCGCCGUCUCAGUUGGAGAAUUCUGCUCCUGGGUUCUAUACCCAAAACAAGGAGCGUCUCGAUAGUAUUACGAAUAAAUAUUUAAAUAGUUGCACCGGAGGUGGACUUGGAGACGUGCCGUCGCUGCCGUCCGAUAUUGCAAUGGAGAGUUUCGAUUCUUGUUUCGUUUUCAGCCAAUUCAGUUCCAAGUUGGAUUAGUAGACUUUGUGUGUUUUUGUAAUAAAAGUUUAUUUCCAGUU